AUGGCUUUGUCUGCUUUUAUUGCUGCUUGUCGGAACGGCUUGCCGGACCCGCCCGUGGACAUCCAGGUGGAAAGCGGGCCGCAGGACGGAACAUUGCUCGUGACCUGGCUGCCUGUGACGGUCAACAACGCGGGUCGGUCCAAUGGCGCGCCGGUCACGGGCUACGCCGUUUACGCGGAUGGCAAGAAAGUACUGGACGUCGACAGUGACCAUGCCCUGAUCGAUCUCAGCAAGAUCUCCGGCUUCAUGCCACGUCAAGUGACGGUGCGAACCAAGUCCACCGAUGGGCAAUCGGGUGACUCUGUCCCGGGUGUGAUCCCGCCCAACUGCGCCCGCUUUUUCGGCACAAACACGAUCGUGCCGGGAGGCAGAUAUCAGCCACAGCAGCACCAGCAACAGCUUCAAGGAAUUGGCCGGAUGGUGCCGAAUGUAGCGGGGAUGCGUAGCGGAAUGAUGGGCCCGUGGCGAGCUGGAGGAAUGCGACAAGGCGUGCUGCUGGACGACUCGCCCGCUGGCGGGAUUCCAUCAAUCGAAAUAACGCGCGACAUGGACGGUGGCGGUGGUUGGGGCUACGGCGACGAUGGAAGCGGCAGAAUGGGCGGCGGCGGGUAUUACGGACAAGCUGGAUACACGGGAGUGGACGGCGGUGGUCUGUCGGAUGCGGAGAACGAGGCGCGUAUGCGGGCCAUGGGUCAGCAGCAGCUGCAGCGGGGUGGUCCGGGAAGGAUGCAGCUGACGAGGAAGCCGUCGGCAGGUGGUAUGGGUCAGCAAUCAGCAUCGCGCCUCUUCAUCGCCACCUACGACUACGACCCGGCCACCCAGAGUCCGAACGUGGAUAAGUCGGCUGAGGUGCCCUUCAACCAAGGCGACCUGAUCCGAGUGUUCGGGGAGAAAGAUCCGGAUGGGUUCUUCUACGGGGAGGUGAACAACCAGCGCGGACUCAUACCUGGCAACAUGGUGAAGGAGGUGCACGUGGACGAUGCGCAGACGGCGCGGGACAUGAUGAUGAUGCACAACCGUCGACCGCCGCAGCAGCAGCAGCAUCCGGGCGACCGCCUCGGAGACACGUACGGGGACAUGCCUGUGCGCCGAAUGGUGGCAGCCUACGACUAUGAUCCAAUCCACAGCUCGCCCAACGUCGACUCCGAUGCCUAUGCCGGUUUAUUCCUCUUGAAAGGCGGAGCUGGGCUUCCGGAGCGGUGA